CUCAACUGCCAGCGUACGACGAAACGGGGCAAAAAGAAAACAAAUAAAAUCAUCCCCACACGCGUACGCGGCAUCCUCCUCGGUGCUCUUCCUCCCGGCGACGACGAAGACGAACGCACCGCGGCGAGUCAGCCAUGAAUCCCUUCGCGAAGAAGCCAACGCCGCGAGAGGUGAUGCGGAGCAGCAAGCGAGACCUGACGAAUGCUACACGAGGGAUUGAGAGAGAUAUUGCGUCACUACAACAAGAGGAGAAGAAGCUAGUUGCUGAAAUUAAAAGGACAGCAAAAACUGGCAAUGAGGCAGCAACGAAAAUUCUAGCCCGGCAGCUGAUCAGGUUAAGGCAGCAGAUUUCUAAUUUGCAAGGUAACCGAGCUCAGAUUCGGGGGAUUGCGACUCAUACUCAGGCAAUGCAUGCCAACACUUCAGUGGCUACUGGUUUACAAAGUGCAAGCAAAGCAAUGGGAGCUUUGAAUAAGCAAAUGGCACCUGCCAAGCAGACGAAAAUAAUGCAAGAAUUCCAAAAGCAGUCAGCUCAAAUGGAUAUGAUGAAUGAGAUGAUGUCUGAUUCAAUUGAUGAUGUCUUAGACGACGAUCAGGCUGAGGAAGAGACUGAAGAACUUGCUAAUCAGGUUCUGGAUGAGAUUGGUGUCGACAUUGCCUCACAGUUGUCCUCGGCUCCUAAAGGAAAAAUUGCUGGAAAGAAGGUUCAGGUUGAUGACAGUUCGGAAUUGGAGGAACUAGAGAAGAGGCUGGCUGCUCUAAAAAAUCCAUAAGGCGACACCUGUUUGCAAUCCUCCCCUUAUGCACAUAGUCUGCCUGCCAUGUACGGUGUACCUAGAUUACACAUCUUCAUUAAACAUUAGAAGACAUUGUGUUUUGUAAAUAUUGGAUGGAAGAUGAUCCAAGCCCCAAGUUUUUUUGAUGAAUCGAUGUUGCUGCAGUUCCCAUACAUGCUAUUGCUAUCUUGCAAAAGAUGGGGCUGUGUGUGCUUCCUUAACGGUGACAUGAUUCGGAGUUAAGAGAGAGCAUUACGGCAACAAUACACGGUUUGUGUAAUCGGGCAAAGUCAUAACAUUUUACAUGACGAUUAUUUUACAUGAUAGCCUGUUUGUUUUGUGAUCGUUUGUU